AUGCCCAUCAAAUCGUUGGAAUCGUAUCUCUUUGAAAGAGGUCUCGUUGGCUCGUACCCUAUUGAAUCCUUGAAGAAUGCAACCUUGGGUAUUGAUGUCAAUCAUUACGUCUCGAGACUAUUGACAAGCAAGAAGGAACAAUUUUUGGAUGCUAUCGGUGGUUUCCCAUUGAGUUUGAAAAUGUACUUGGAAAGUGAUUUGAAAAUCUUUAAGGAAUAUAAGAUUACGCCUGUCUUCGUGUUUAAUGGUUCUCUUGUUUUUAAUCAAUUGGAAAGUUCAGGCUAUUUUACCGCCUCUGCCGCUGAAGCUUCUUCUUCAUCUAAUUUAGACAUUUCGAUCCCAUCAGGAAGUCCAGGGACUCAGACAAUUAAGACAAACAGAGAACUCUUGUUGGCCCAAAGACAUAAAGGUUGGACUCAAUGGAGUAAUUUGAUGACUACUAGCUCUAAGACUUAUAUUGAUCAACCAAUUCAACCUCAAGAGCCUUUCAGAUAUAGCACCAGUAUUGAGUACACAAGGUACCAAUCAAAUUUAAUCAAUUAUUUCAUUGAUCAUGAUAUUACAUAUCAAGUAGCACCUUACAGCUCAUGGUUACAACUUGCAUACUUAUUAGAAGAAAGUUAUAUUGAUGCAAUUUAUGGACCAACUGAUUGUUUAAUGCUUAAGAAUAUUGACAAAUUCAUCUUGGGUAUGGAAUUUCCAAACAAAGAUUUUAGAUUCAUUGAGAAAUCUAGAGUCCUUAAGGAAUUUAGAUGUUCUCAGGAUGAAUUUGUAGAUAUCGCUAUGGCUGUCGGGAACGAUCUACAACCAACUACUCUGCCACCUUUACAAAUUUACCCUGGCUCUAAGGUUUUCGAUUUUGCUCUGGAAAUGGUGUUAAAUACAGGAACAAAUUUCUAUGCUUAUCAAUUGUCCAACCCUGUGAAGGAAGAAAGUGCAAAAUAUGUAUUGAAAUAUGAGAAGGGUAUUUCUUCGUUGAGAUAUAUGCCUGUCUUGAAAGAUAGUGGUAAAGUUGAAGUUUAUAUGCCAAAUCGGCCAUCAAAGGAUAAAAAAGAUAUUAAGUCAAAGUCACCUGACACAACUUCUUCGUCAGAAUCAGUCUCAGAUUCUACUUCCUCAGACCCUCAAAUUCCUAAUGACGUUCAUGAUUUUAUUGCUCAACAACUACCAUCAGAAUAUUAUUUCUACAGAUCUUUGGGUCUUGUUAGUGGAAGAUUGUUUGAUGCUAUCACAACUGGAGUUUACCCGGAAGAGCCACCACUAGAUGGUGGUUCUUCUGAUUCUUAUAGAGAACUAAUUAAAUUAUCGGUUGAUACUUUCAAGAACAAGGAAAUAAAUUUGUUGACUCAACCAAUUAAUAGAUACUAUCAGAUGAAACCCAUUAAGCAAGUGAAAUGGUUUUCUCCUGGCUCAUCCACUCAAUUGACUAAUAGAGUGUCACCAUCCAUUUUUGAAAAAACAAACAGAUUAGUUGUGAAGACAGAUGACGUUAAUAAGGUUUUCUCGAUUGGCGAGUUCAUCAACACUCUUAACGAAUCGACCGAUUUAAGUAAGAGCUUUGUUUCUGAAAAGGUCAUUUUCCCAAACUCUGUUCCCAAAGCGGAUAAACUCUUUGCCUCAUUUGAUUUAUUAUCGACCAGUUUCUUGAGGAUGUUGUACCAAUUGGAAUUUUUUGACUUUGACUCAUCGAAGAAUUUAUUAAAGCCAACCAAAUGGGGUACCAUCCUUUUAAAACUAAACGAAUUGGAAAUAAGUGCUAACUACUUCGAAUCAAUUUUAAUCUUCCUAAUGUUUGUUAAGAUGAACGUAUUAUCCUUAUCUGAGGAAUUAAAGCCUGUUGUCAGGUUUGCUUUAUCCGACUCUACUCUACGAUCCUAUCCACAAGAAUCUCAAUAUGUCUUAUUGAUCACGCGUAUCUUGACAUUAUUCCAAGUUGAUCAAAAACCAACCAACUACCAUGGACCAAUUGAUAAAAGAACCUUAGUCUUCAGAGAGCAUUUAGAUUUUAUUAAGAAAAAUAUGAAUGAACUGUAUGAAGCUACAAUUGUUUCUUCUUUAACCGCAAAUGAAUUCGAUAGACUCUCUUUAGAUAACAAUGAAUGGCAAAAGAAUAUUGUUAGAAACGCUCCAUUUAAGUCUUCUUCUCCGAACACGUUGAUGGCCAUGAUGUGGGAAUUUUUCUUACAAAAGUAUUUACAUAACGGGAACGUUAAGACUGAUGCCAUGGCAAUGGUAGCCACAGAAUUUGGUACUUAUAAAUCCAUUCCAAAUUUGGAGGAGCAAUUUGAAAUUUCUCAUGAAUUCUUAGUUCAAGUUUCGAAGGUGAUGCAGGAACUAACUAGUGUAGGAUUACUUAAGAAGGGGGAUCAAAAUUCUUUCGAACAAGCUGUCAAGUUUUCUGAAGAUGCAAUUUCUGGAUAA